CAAUGAUGAUCACAUUGGACGAGAUUAUCCCAUAUCAACCUCCCCUACCUCCCAAGCCGUGCAUAUCCUCCAAAACCAUACCACCACCGUCAAAACUGCCCCCAUUGAUCCAUCCUCUACCACAAAAACCCCAGUCCCGACACCAGUCACCCUCAUGCCCCAGUCAAUUGCAUCAGUCCAAAUGCGAUCACAUUCCUAGUCCAAUAGAUCAGGAGCAGAUGUCUGGAGUACCUUUAUACACAAAUGUUUUCGAUCGUGAACUGGCAGCUUGGAGCGAUAUGGCCAUCAAGACCACCGCAUUUGUGAGCACUGCCACGGAGAAUACAGAACAGCAGCAACAUCACAUUGGUAGUGAUCUUUUUGAAAAUGGCCCCCGCAAAUUACUAUCUGGUGAUCAAAGUGAUAAUGUGCAACAUGCGAGCCAUGAUGACGAGGCCAGUCCCAGCAUAUCAGCGGGAUUCCUGGGACACGACCGGUCUUGCUCAGCACACCAGGAGACGACGCAGCUGAUUCAUGCUUCAGAAUCGAAUGGUAUCCAUGCUACUCUGAGUAAGCCUCCUGUUCGGCCAUCGCGAAAUCUUCCUCCACGGGUACGCAGUUCCGAAUCACGGAGCGGAAAUGUUAUUCCUGAUACCGCACAUCUCGACAAUAUGGAUUCGCCACACGCGAGUAGUGGGACCAUAAAUCCGGCAGAAUCGCCCAACUCUAUCGUUCCCGAUCACUCGAUGCCCGUUUUACCCGGCUCCUACAAAUAA